AUGUCGCAUCGAUAUGGGAGGACCGGGCAGGUGUUCAUGGGCGAAGACCUCUUUCGCUCUGUGUGGUUCGCCUACGUGGCCCUUCAGGACUUUGGGCAAGACAUGGUGUGUUCGAAGUGUGGGGACUAUCCCGAGACCGUCAUCUGGGACGGAAUCACUCUGGCGUUUGGUCGUAAGCACAUACGAGACACUCUGCGACCACCAACAGCCUUCUCGGAAUCGGCGCUGACACGACGGAACGUCAAGUACCACCCACGACAGCAAUUGAUUGAAGAUGCCAAUUUGCGAAAACAGAUGCGAUUGGUGUUGGACCCACCCGCGCUCGACAGCAUCAACCUCGACGGGGAUAGUGUUCCCACCUCUGCUCCAUGUUCCCCUUCCAAGGGCGGGGGUGACAUUUCGCGGGACCUAUUCCUUGUCUCAGAGCACCUGGAGCGGAUCGAGAGUGUUCUCCACGGUUUGGAGGAACUGUGCCCCGCUUUGCGGUGCUUGUUCGAGAGUCAGUACGGACCGUCCGUCUACGCUGCUCGCAUUAAGGCCGGGUCUGUGUAUAAAAAAUUCUUUCUUCAAGUUGCUGCUGAAGAAUCGGUUCUGCAGUUGGUUACCAAUACAUCCCUCCAACAUCUCAAAUCCUUCAUUGAAAAUCCGACGAGGUCAAGAAUUACGGAGGUCUUGUCGAUACCGGGGGUCUACAAACUCUUGGAGGUGCACGAGGAUAUUGACAAGUUGAUGCCCAUAUUGGAGUGGAUCCAGGCUCGCGCAGCGCAGGUUCUGACGGAGCUAAAGGUUGAGCGCCCGCUCCCCGCCAUUCAGGAAGGCUUUGAUAACCGUCCUCCUGACGACUGGAAGAAGACUGGCUGCUUGUACAAUAUGCCACAGAUCCGCCAUCGCCCUCAGUAUCCUAGGUUGAGGAACGAUCAGCAGAAAGACAAAUCCUCGAAGCGUGGGGAUCAGUGUGGCAAGUACUACAGUCAGUACGGGGAGCAGAGACUCACAGGUGGAAUCAUGGUGGCUUGGUGCACCCAUAGUAUCUGCUACGGGUUUCACUGUAUUGCGGAGACCGAGGGAAGGGACGACGUGUUCUCGGCAAUGAUAACUAGGUGGCCUGUCGCCCCAAAGCGGGUCGUGUACGACUUCGCGUGCUCACUGGGUCCCUACUGCAUGCUGCGGGAGCCCGAAUUCUUUCAGAAUACCUUCUUCGCCAUUGACCAUUUUCACAGCUCGGGCCAUACCAAAUGUUCCCCCGCCGCCUUCCUUUCUGAAUACGCGAACGUCGAUCCUCGAUUGGUUGGAAUCAAUUCAAGUGCAGCGGAGUGCGGCAACAGUUCCCUCAAACGGAUUCGUAAAUCGGUCAGCUACAUGUCGCAGCAGAGGGCGAUAAUUUAUACAAGAGUAUUUCUUUCUGUUUGGAACAGGAUUCGAAAGCGUAGAGCGGCGGGUAUUCGGUAG